UGUAGCCAAGAUGUCAUUCAGAAGUCAACCUUCCAAGUAACACAAACAAUCAGCAAAAUGAUGAAAUUCUUCGCCCUCGUCCUGUGCGCUCUGUUCGCCGCUGCUGCCCCCAGUCCCGGACUCCUGGCCUACAACGCCGCCUACUCCGCCCCGCUGGCCUACUCCUCGCCGUUGGCCUACACUGCCCCCGUGGCCUACUCCUCCCCUGUGGCCUACACCGCCGCGUACGCCCCCUAUGUGGCUCCCUAUGCCAGCAGCGUGAGCGCCCACACCGUGGCCCACAGCGCCGCCUUCCCGGCUGUCUAUGCCGCAGCUCCAGUGGCCGCUGUCCUCAAGAAGUAGGAUGCCACACGCGCAUGCCACAGCCACAGACACUCGUACGACAAAUAAAUAAAUGCAAUGCAACAAUGCAGCAGGCCCACGCGCUGACUGACUGAGAAAUA